AUGUCCCAGUUCAGCAGAAAUCAGCCCACACCAUGCAAGCUUAUAACGUAUUUAAGAAGGUCUUCUGAUACAUUUUUGAAAGGCUUUGCUGAAUUUCUCCUCAUGGGAUUUUCAGACUCCUGGGAGAGUCAGAUGGUACAUGCUGCCAUAUUUUUAUUAGUUUAUCUGGCAGCUCUCAUAGGAAACCUCCUAAUCAUCAUGCUCACCACACUGGAUAUUCACCUGCAAACCCCAAUGUAUUUCUUUUUGAGAAACUUGUCUUUCUUAGAUUUUUGCUACAUCUCUGUCACAGUGCCCAAGUCUAUUGUCAGUUCCUUGACUCAUGAUACCUCCAUUUCUUUCUUUGGAUGUGAUCUGCAAGUCUUUUUCUUCAUGUACUUGGCAACUACUGAGGUCGCCAUCCUUACAGUGAUGUCCUAUGACCGCUAUGUGGCCAUCUGCUGGCCCUUACAUUAUGAGGCCAUCAUAAACAAAGGUGCCUGUGUGAAGAUGAUGGCCAUAUCAUGGCUCAGUGGGAUGAUCUGUGGGCUCAUGCAUGUGACAGCAACAUUCGCAUUAUCAUUCUGUGGACUCAACAAAAUACACCAAUUUUUUUGUAAUAUUCCACAACUCCUAAGCCUCCUGGACUGCAAAGUAAUUGUCAUUGAGAUUGGAGUCAUGAUUCUUGUUACAAGUCUUGUGAUAAUUUGCUUUGUUUUAAUAACUCUCUCCUAUAUGUACAUUUUUUCUGUCAUUAUGAGAAUUUCAUCUAAGGAGGGUAGAUCAAAAGCAUUCUCUACCUGUAUUCCACACCUUGUGGUUGUAACACUCUUUAUGAUAUCUGGCAGCAUUGCCUAUGUGAAGCCCAUUUCAAGUUCUCCCUCUGUUCUGGAUGUUUUCCUGUCUGUGUUCUACACAGUUGUGCCCCCAACGCUGAAUCCCAUCAUCUAUAGUCUGAGGAAUAAGGAUAUGAAAGCAGCCCUGAGAAGGCAGUGCAGUAUGCUAGAUGAAGCAGCUGAUUAG